GAGUGUUGCAGUGGCAGGUCAAACAAAAGGAAGUCUUAACCACGCCAUGGCACUGUAAUAAAGAUAGACACACCUAUUUAUGCUCUGCUGCACUGAAGAAAGUAAAAGCUUUGCCCUUGUACCUGGUUCCUACUGUACUUCAGAAGAUAAGACCAACUUCGGCGGAUUAAAAGUAUCUGGGGAGGAGGGUGAUCAGACGCUAUUGUGUUGGGAGAAGGGCAGAUAUCCGCAGCAUUCCCCUGCAUCCUCCAGUAAUCCCAGUGUCUCUCCUUCUGUCUGUCCAUUCUUCAAGUCCACGUUCAUCUGGAGAGUCCUCGUCUGCUUCUAUAGGGUUAAAAUGGCCAGCAGCUUCGCACGGGUUUUGUCCAGUAAAAGGAAGGUGGGAAUCUUGUCGUUGGUCGGUGCCGGAUCUCUGACCGUCGGAUUCUUCCUGAAUAAAGAGCAGCGUGUCAAUGCAGGAGCGCACGUCCGGAGAAUCUAUCCUCCUAGUGCGGAAUAUCCAGAUUUGCGGAAGCACAAUAACUGUAUGGCCAGUCACCUGACUCCUGCUGUAUAUGCCAAGCUGUGUGAUAAAACCACUCCGAAUGGUUACACUUUGGACCUGGCUAUCCAAACUGGUGUGGACAACCCAGGCCACCCCUUUAUUAAGACAGUAGGAAUGGUGGCCGGAGAUGAGGAGUCCUAUGAGGUCUUUGCUGACAUCUUUAACCCAGUCAUCAAAGAAAGGCACAAUGGUUAUGACCCCUGCAACAUGAAGCAUCCCACUGACCUGGAUUCCAGUAAGAUACGAGGAGGCCAAUUCGAUGAGAAGUACGUGCUGUCGUCUCGAGUCAGGACAGGUAGGAGCAUCCGAGGCCUGAGUCUGCCCCCGGCCUGCACCCGUGCUGAGCGCAGAGAGGUGGAGAGGGUUGUGAUUGAUGCCUUGGCAGGCCUAAAAGGGGAUCUGACUGGAAAAUACUACAGCCUCACUCUGAUGACCGAACAAGAGCAGCAGCAGCUCAUUGAUGAUCACUUCCUGUUUGAUAAGCCUGUGUCUCCCCUGCUGACAUGUGCAGGCAUGGCUCGCGACUGGCCUGACGCAAGAGGCAUCUGGCACAACAAUGAGAAAACCUUCCUGGUGUGGGUCAACGAGGAAGACCACACUCGUGUGAUCUCCAUGGAGAAGGGGGGCAAUAUGAGGAGGGUCUUUGAGCGUUUCUGCAAGGGUCUCCAAGAGGUUGAGAGACUAAUUCAGGAGAAGGGUUGGGAAUUCAUGUGGAACGAGCGCCUGGGUUACAUUCUCACCUGUCCGUCAAACCUGGGCACAGGGCUACGAGCUGGUGUCCAUGUUACUCUUCCUCGCCUCAGCAAGGACCCUCGUUUCCCUAAGAUCCUGGAUAACCUGCGACUCCAGAAAAGGGGGACUGGAGGAGUGGACACUGCCGCUGUUGGAAACACUUUUGAUAUUUCCAAUCUGGACAGGCUGGGCCAAUCAGAGGUCCAGCUGGUUCAGACUGUGAUAGAUGGCGUGAACUAUCUCAUCGAAUGCGAGAAGAAACUGGAGAGAGGCCAAGACAUCAAAAUCCCCGCCCCCAUCAGCCAGUUUAAAUAGACUGGCAGUCUUGCUUAGCUCCGCCCUUCUCCUGGCUCCUCCCUCUCGUGUGUUCCUUCCUCCUUCAAUAUUCCGCUGAUACUGAUCCAUAAGCAUGCCUCUGUGUUUCUCCAGACAAACCACACUCCAGUAUAAAACAGGAGUGAAUGUAUCUUACGUCAUGAUUGUGUUCAUGUGGCGCUAUUGAUUUGUCACAUUAUAACUUACUUGAUUGUGUUGCAAUGAUACUAUAAUAGCCAUUUUCAAGAUUUGCCUCAGGUGUCAGAGAAUUAAACAGAUGUUUUUGCUGAAGAUGUUGACGAUAUAAAAUGCUGAAGGGUCUCGGAGAGUGUUUUAUUGUACAUUUUACAUGAAGUAGGCGAAAAGCAAAACUUUCACUGGAAUAAUUCACAUUAAAGGUGCUCAGUCAUGUU